GAAAUAGGAGACGUCAGCGGUCAGACGUCAGAACUCAGAUGAGAAAAAUAUCAAAUGCGGGCGGACAUGAAAAUAAUUUUGAUAUAAUAUUAUUUAGAUGUUGCAACGAUUGUUGUUUUCAUUCGUUUUCUUAUUUCCAUAAUACUAAUUCUAUUUCUAUUUGGUCUUCAUCUUCAGUCCAGUGUGUGUAUUCAACUACUUAAGUAUCAACCCUCCAACUUUUUUAAUGAAAUCAUUAGGUAGUCGAUUAAAAAAGUAUCUACUGUGGCAAUAUUAAUUUGAACAAUUAUUUACUAAAAUAAUAUGGAAUACAUUCAGCUGUAACUAAAUGCAGAUUGAUGUUGAUGUACAAUGGAUCUACUAAAGACUCCAUCAACCCAAUCACUUUUGGAUUCUGAUCUUGAAUCAGUUGAGAGUCUUCAGUAUGUGGAUAUUGAAGAGCUUGACGAAGUGGAAUACGCUCUACCUACUAGUGAGGCACCUACCCUAGCUGAAGUGUUAUCUUCAGAGGAAUUGGAAAGUGAAAACAAAAUAUCUGCAAAAAAAUUUGAAGAUACUACAUGUUCUGCUUUACAAGUUGACUUUUUACAGGCAAUUUCUCAGCAAUUGAUACAGGCUCAAGAGCGAUCCUCUGCGGGAGCUGCUACUACAGUAAGUGUAGGCUCAAGUGGUCGGCUUACAGUGGGUACUGCACAUGGACACCUACUUUCAUUCCUCGAUCAAACAUUGCGAUGGGUGUGUGACGCACACGGCGACAACGGGGCAGUUACGUGCCUUUCAUAUAACCAUGAUGGUACUCGCCUUUUGGCGGGAUUUGCCCGAGGUCUCGUUUACCAGUAUGAAAGUAUACGAGGGUUAAUCCUUAGACGUGUGACUCUCGGAGGAGAGCUUUGGGGCACACUGAGAGUGACGUGGGCGGGCACUUCCGGGCUCGCCUUAGAUACAGGUGGAUCUGUUUGGCUUAUACGGUUUUCGAGACCAUUGGGUGUGCGCUCUGCUCGAGUCUCGUGUUUAUUUUCGGGAGCACGCGGUGAAGUAGUGGCCAUGACAGCGCGGGACGCUCGCAUUUUAGCUCUGGCGACUCUUUCGAGAGUUAUCAUAGUGGCCGGGGGCCGGGCCGCUGGAGUGCGCCUAGAUGGCCCGCCUGACGUGCUUCCCGUGUUGGAGUGGUGCGAGCUGGAUAAUAGAAUACUUGUAGCUGCCCGUGCGAAUAUUAUGCAAUGGCUUGCUGUAACCUUAAUUGGAUCAUCUAUAAGCCUGCGGCCCGUCCAACGAGUAGAACUCAAGUCGACGCCAAUAUGGCUCGGUUGGUUGGGAGGUAGCCUUGCAAUCUUUGAUUCGGACGAAAACCUUCGACUCUGGGGAGACGAUUAUGACAAACCACUAGAUUUGUCCCAAAUAGAGCCUGUGUAUUCGUCCGCUUUUUUCAAGGGCCACUGGACGGACGGGCGAGUGUCGCGCGCCAUGUGCAAGGCCGGCGAGAGCGCGCUGGGCGGGGCGUGCACGUCGGAGGGCACGUUAACACUGCUCGGCCGCCGCGGAGUAGUCCGCGUCAAGCCUCGAGAUUUGCUCGCAAGGGCCCAAGCGUUUAUAGAUACGGGACGCUAUUCCCAAGCCUUAAGGUUGCUCUGUUCGUCUCAGGGCGCUGAGGCUAAAAAAAUAGCGAAUGAAUUUAUAGGGAAUUUAGCUGAUAGACCGCAUAUAUUGAGCAACAAGAAUGUCGCAAUUCAAGUUGUUAAGCUUUGUCUCAAAUAUGAUUUAAGUGAAGAGCUCUGGAAUUGCCUUUGGGAGAACUGUUCGGGAGAGCAGGCAUUCGUUGAGGCGUUGGGAGAUGCCGCUGUGCGCGGCGAACUGGCCAACAACCCACCCUCUCCUGACUUUACACAGGAGCUAAUAGAACGACUAGCCGAGUUCGAGCCCGACCUGGUGGAGCGGGUGGUGGCCUCGUUGCCGCUGACGUCCCUGGACCCGCACCGCGCCAGCGUGUUCACGCGCGACCGCGGCCUGUGGCGCGGCGUCGGCGCCAUUGCAGCAGCUCUGGACGGGUGCAGCGGCGCAAUGCGCGAGCUGGUGCAGUUCGUGGACGCGGGGUGCGCGGGCGCGGCGGCGGGCGCGGGCUGCGGCUGCGCGGGCGGCGCGCUGCUGCUGGCGGCGGCGGACGCGCUGGCGGGACGCGGCGCGGGAGGCCGCGCGCUUCCUGCGCACGCGCGCCCCUCCGCGCGCCACGAUGCGCUGCACACACUGCUCGCCGAAGAGGCGGGAAUACGAUCUCCUUUGCGAGUAUUAGUACUGCACGACACAUCGGCUGCGAUCCGGCUGCUGGAGCAGUGUUCGCGCGAGCCACCGUUCGCCGGCCCGCUCGGCAAGCAGAACCGCUUGCGCGUAGCGCGGGCGCUUCUCGCCUACACCACAGACCUACAGGAAUCCGACAGGCGGCUGGAAAUUAUAGAGUUCAUCGCCGGGCAGCUCAGUUCAGGCGCGCUGCCGCUCGAUCACGAUUUGAUAAAAAAUAUGCAAGAAUUCGUGGUGACUACAGAUGACGAGCGGUCUGACAGAGCGUGGCUCAUGAUUCUGACGCGAAUACGUUCGCAACGAGACCAAAUGCUCGCGCAGUACAGAGACGCUAUACUGCGGCCUCGAGUUCUGUGGCGCCUGGACGCAAUGCUCGACCGACACGACGAAGCCCUUAAAGAGUUUUUUGAGGUACAGAAACCGUCGAGUAAAGACAUCGAUGAGUUUUUUGAAUAUUUAAGAUCGAGAAUCGAAGUCGAUGGCGAAAUGAGAAAACAACUCAAGCCACACCUUCCUGCGCUCGUAGAACUGCGUCCACGAUCAGCUGCAGCUUUAUUGAAUGAAGAAAGUAGCGAUUUAAUUUGUACAAUUUUGGACUCUUUAAGCUUCAAGUGUAAGUUAGAGUUCGGUGAGUGUUUGCUGGACGCGGGCCGUCUCCGCGGCGACGCGGCGGCGAUAUAUCUGCGCACUCUGUGCACGCAUCGACCUGGCGACGUUAAAGACUUUCUGAUCAAAAACGCGGGCAUCGUCCGCCCAGAGGACGCACUCGCUAUCGUGAGGGAACUGGGACCCGACGAGGCGGAAUCGAUCUGUUUAGAAGCGACGGGCGAUCAUCUGGGCGCACUCGACGCUCUCUUGCGAUCGAUAUCGUCGAGCGUCGACGAGGAGUCGAAAGCGAACAUCGUGAGCGAGGCGAGCGCCCUCUGCGCCCGAGUCGGACCGACCGUACCCACGAGUGUUGCGGCGGAGCUGUGGACGCGGCUGCUGCGCGGCGCGGGCGCCGUGCCGCCGCCGCUGCUGUUCGAGGCGAUCGCCUACCUGCCUCUCGAGCAGCUCGUGGUGAAGACGUGCGAGUCGCCGCGCGUGGCGUGCGCGGUGCUGGCAGGCGGCGCGGCGCGACGCGCCGUGUGGCAGUGCGCCGCGCGCAUCUUGCAGCGAGAGGCGCACGAGGCGCUGGCGCGCGCGCUGGCGGCGGCGCGGCGCGGCGCGGCGGCGCGCGGCAGCUGCCGGCGCUGCGGGGCCGCCCUGGCGUGCCGGGCGGGCGCGCGCACGUCACACUGCGCGCGCGCCUUCCACGCGGACUGCGAGCCCGAGGCGCAGUGCGCGUGUGGCCGGCGCGCGCCCGCCAUCGCGCUGAGCCUGCCGCCGUGGCCGCGCCGUCGCGCCGCGCCGCCGCCCGACUGCGACCUGCUGCUGCGAGCUCCACCCCGCCCUGAUCUCGAAGGCGUCGUUUGAUAAAUUUCAACCGUCGUGGGUGCUUUAUGUUAAACUUUGUUUUUUUAAUACAUAGGUAUUUAAAAAUAUAAUAAAAUGUUACUAUGU